GCCGGGAGGGGGCCGGGCCGCAGCGACGCGAUUCCUGUUGCCGUGACAUGGGUUCCCCCUCGAUGGCGGUUGCCGCGGGAGGCCUCAGAUAACCGGCCCUGGCCUCUCUCCCCUUCUCUGCCUCCCCGCCGCCCCUCCCCGCCCGCCGCCAUGCCCGCCCGGACCCCGCCGCCCCCUGCACAGCGCGCAGAAAUACACUAAUUUUGAAGUGAAACUAAACAAUGGAACCAGAUAUUAUUCGCAUGUACUCCUCAUCUCCUCCACCACUAGACAACGGAGCUGCUGAUGAUGAUGAAGAUGAAUUUGGAGAAUUUGGAGGAUUUUCUGGUGUAAGCACUACUGGUGUAGCUUUUGCUGAUUUUGAUACACCAGACUACAGUCAUCCAAAGGAAGAGUUUAUACCCACGAAUCAUUUCCUCCCACUUCAUGACUAUUCUGACAAUGUAUCUAACAUUGCAACUUUCACAUCCCUUAAAAAUGUUAAAGAUAAAGACUGCCUUGCAGAGCUGCCUAUUCUUACUAAGGAGCUUUCUGAUAUGUCUGCUACUAGUACCAGCAAAGAAAAAUCUAAGUUUAGAACUUCAGGUACUGAUUUAGAAGAUGUAAGUAAAAGAUGGGAAAAAAGAGACAACACUGGGAAAUCUGAGGGUUUUUCUUCUCAUGUCAAUAGAACGGAUACAGCAGUUGAGAGCCAGGACAAGCAAAUAGAUGCUUGUAAUGGUGAGAAACUUCCAUGUCUAGAGAUUCUAACAAAUGGAUUUGCAGCAUCAGACCCUGUGAAUCCUCAGGGAACAGAAAAUCUAGACAGUAUCAGUGACUCAAUGCCUAGCUCAGGUGAAGAUUUUGCAAAUUUUGCUGCAUUCUCAAGCAAAGCCCCAGUCUCUUUAGAGGGAACAGCACCUACAAUAUGCAGUGUUCUUAAUGAAAGAGACUCUCUGAGCAUUCAGGAGAACAACAGAAUAAACAGAGCAACUUGUAUUGAAGAAGAGGUUUGCAUUUCAGAAAUUAGGUAUGAGCAGGGUUCCUCAGCACUGGAAGAUGAGUUUCCAAUUUCUAGUACAUCUCAAACAACUGGAAGUUCAAUAUGCACUACUGAAAAUGGAGAAUGCAAUGGGAGGAGAAGACAGCAUGGCACAGAGAAUGGCAAAUAUUUUACUAGGCCUGAUGACUCUUUGGGAACAGAGGACAUCAGGGUUGAGAAGAUCCAAAGCCUAAGCAGUGAUUCUGCAGGAGAAAAAAUAAGUGAUUCUGAAAUUCUUAAGAAUGGUGCAAGUAUUACUGAAGGUGCAGCUUGUAGUAACACACACGAUGAUGAUUUUGGUCAUUUUGGUGCAGUCAGCGGUGCAUCUACCAGCUCUACUAAUGCUCAAGAAUCAAUAAAUGCUCUGGAUUUAGAAGGAACUGCCAAACAGCCUGCACAUAUUAGUGAACCUAAUGAUGAAUUUGGUGAAUUCAGGGACACAAGUACUGUUUCUCAGCAGCCAUCAAGAUUGGAUCAAGCUGAACUAAGUCAGACUGCUGACACUUUAGAAUGUGAUACCAGUAAAAAUUCAGACUUUGACUUUCAGCAUACUAAAGUAGAAAAGGGUGAUGAUAGUGAAUUUGGAGACUUUGAUUCAGUGCCAAAACCUCAAGAUGAGAGUGUUGCUUUUCAGGACUCUGACUUUACAGACUUCAGUUCAGCAGGUUGUAACCAGAAUACAGACUGGAAUGCUUUUGAAGAUGAACAAAAAGACAGCUGUUCUUGGGCUGCCUUUGGAGAUGAGGAAGCUGCUGAAUCACAUCACAGAAAAGAGACAUGGCAGUCACAUAGGACAGAUGCAUCUGCCAGGAUUGAUGAUCCAGUGUUACACAAGGCUGACAGUUUUGCUUUAGCAUCUUCCGAAGGAGCUACCAGUAAGCAAUCUCAAGAGCCAGCACCUUCAGUUCAGACAACAUUGCUAAGUCGUCUGGAACGAAUAUUUGAAGUCUGUUUUCCUUCCAUGCCUGUUGUUGAAGUUGAAGAAGAAAUAAGUUCCUUGAAUCAUUUAUUGGAAGCAGUUGAAAAGCAGAAGACAGCUGAGGAGACCUUAGCAAAUACUGGGGAACUGAUGGAUGUGUGGACAGAGCUGCAGGAUAUCCAUGAUGCAUAUGGACUGAGAUACCAGUGGGGUGGCUCCCACAGCAACAAAAAGCUUUUGUGCUCCUUGGGAAUCGACACAAGAAAUAUUCUCUUUACAGGCAACAAGAAACAGCCUGUUAUAGUACCCAUGUAUGCAGCAGGACUGGGUAUGUUAGAGCCUACCAAGGAACCUUUGAAACCAAUAUCUGCAGCAGAAAAAAUAGCUUCAAUAGGACAGACACCUCCUGUAUCACCAGAGAUGAGCACAUGUACAUCUGAUCAGUUCCAGGAAUCUCUACCACCUGUCCAGUUUGACUGGAGUAGCAGUGGCCUUACUAACCCUUUAGAUGCUAGUGGAGGUUCCACUCUUCUGAACCUUGAUUUCUUUGGGCCCGUGGAUGACAGUAGCUCUAGCAGCACCACCACAAUCCCAGGUGUGGACCCUGAGUUGUAUGAAUUGACCACCUCAAAACUGGAAACUUCCAAUGCAAGCAGCAGAGUGACUGAUGCAUUUGCAAGACUCAUGUCCACAGUGGAGAAGGCAAGCACGUCCACAAGGAAAUCUAAAAAGGAAGAACAUCUCAGUGAAGAGGCUGCCAAGGUGAUUUCUAGCCUUCCUGACUUAACUUUCAUGCAUGCCAAGGUGUUGAUGUUCCCAGCCACAUUAACACCUUCAACAAGCUGCCAAGAAAAGGUAGACUAAAGUGAUGUGAAUUGGACAUUUUCUAUUGAUUUUUUUUCUUCCCUCUGUGGGUCAUAAAAAGCAAUCUUGCUUUAAUUAAAAAAAAAUCAAGUUCAGAUGAUUUGUUGGUAAGCAGCACUAGAAAGGUAUACAUAGUAAUGUAUAUUUAUUUACAUACUGGAGUCCUAAAUUUAUAUUAGAGAAAAAUGUAAAUAAUUGGGGGUAAAUCUUUUUGAAGAUCUAUUCUUUUUUUGUUGUGCUGGGGUGUAUACAUUUAUGUCUUUGUGAAAUACACUGGUGGUGUCCUUCUUACAAAACUUUAAAAAGUUAAAAAAAAAAAAUUAAAAAUCCUAGAAACACAGAAUAAAAACUCUGAUCUUCACAAUCAGUGAAGUCCCCCUUAAAGGUUUUCAGAUUGCAUUGAGCAUCUUUUUCUUUCCUGCAUAUAUUAAAAUACGUGUUGCUGGGAGAAACCAAAAGGUUACAUUGUCCCUAUGCGGGUUUUCAGUUAUUGUUGUUUCUUUAAAACCAAAUAAUUUCUUUGGUAUUUUAACAAGCUUAAGAUGUGUUUUCCUUUUCUUCUCCCUAUCCCCUCCCCGAGUUUGGUUGGCUGAUCAAUUUUACGUUCUUAAACUUCAAUAGUACAGCUCUGUCUUUUGAAAGGUAUGCUGUCUGUACCUUGUUCCAGUUAUGGAUCACUGUCUAAACACUUGAUUUUUUUGGGGUCAUUAGAAGGUUGUCUGCUUUUAAUCAGUUUGAUUUGGAAAAGAAGGACCAAAACUAUAUGAAUGUCUUACAAUGAAAUUUACCUGUUACAAUUUUUUAUGUUCUGUUGUACCACUAUUCCUGUUUGAUUUUGCACAGUGUAAAAUGACAUAAUCAUAGAUUGCUAUGGUUUUAGGCUGUAUAUACAGAAAAAACUAUGGGUUGUAAAUGUCUGGGGAAAUUCCUAUGGAAAAAAGAGAGCUAUGUAGAAGAACCUCUAAAAAAGGUCGAUGUGCAUGCCCAAGGUCUUUUGAGAUUUAAGUGUGUAAAUUUCCUUUUAGCUUACACAAAAUAAAAUAAUUUAAAAGCUA